AUGCGUGUCUCGACCUGGAUUCCACUGUUCCUGCCUCUUGUGUCGGCGGUGCCACACAAUCCUGUUUACGAGGCUAUUACUCGUCGCCAGUUACCCAAGGAGCCGACUGGUGUGAAGACAAUUAAGACGGCUAAUAAUGUCACGAUUCGCUACAAGGAACCCGGGAAAGAGGGCAUUUGUGAGACGACUCCGGGUGUAAAGUCUUAUUCUGGUUAUGUCGACCUCUCGCCGACAGAGCAUACUUUCUUCUGGUUCUUUGAGGCUCGCCAUGAUCCUAAAAAUGCUCCAAUUACGUUGUGGCUGAAUGGUGGUCCCGGAAGUGAUUCUCUGAUUGGGUUAUUUGAGGAAUUGGGUCCUUGUCGUAUUAAUAAUGAGUCCGAAUCGGAGAUUAACCCUCAAUCGUGGAAUGAGGUUUCGAAUAUGCUUUUCCUGUCUCAGCCGUUGGGUGUUGGCUUCUCCUAUGCUGAAAAGGCGCCUGGUACACUUAACCCCCUGACGGGUGUCUUCGAAGAUGCAGACUUUGCCGGCGUUGAUGGUCGUUAUCCGGUCAUUAAUGCUACCAAGAUUGAUACGACCAACCUCGCUGCUAAAGCUACCUGGGAAGUCUUGCAGGGAUUCCUGGGUGCUCUCCCCAAGCUGGACUCGAAGAUCAAGUCGAAGAGUUUCAAUCUAUGGACUGAAAGUUAUGGAGGACACUAUGGCCCUGCCUUCUUCGACCACUUCUACGAAGAAAACGAGAAGAUCAAGAACGGAACUCAAAAAGGCAUCCAACUCGACUUCAACACUCUUGGCAUUAUAAACGGAAUCAUCGACGAAGGAAUCCAAGCCCGUCACUACCCCGAAUUCGCCGUGAACAACACCUAUGGCAUCAAAGCCGUCAACGACACAGUCUACAACUACAUGAAAUUCGCCAACGAAAUGCCAAACGGCUGUCAGGACCAAGUGGCAUCCUGCAAAUUGACAAACCGCACCUCCCUAGCCGAUUUCGCCCUCUGCACCGAAGCAACAAACAUGUGUCGCGACAAUGUUGAAGGACCCUAUUACACCUUCGGCAAAAGAGGCGUCUACGACAUCCGCCAUCCAUACGCCGACCCAACCCCAGAAGGCUACUACACAAAAUACCUCGCAAAAGACAACGUCCUAAAUGGCCUCGGCGUAGACAUCAACUACACCCAAUCUAACAACGAAGUCUACUUCGCCUUCCAACAAAAAGGCGACUUCGUCUGGCCCAAUUUCCUCGACGAUCUAGAAGAUAUCCUCUCGCGCCCGGUCCGCGUGGCCCUCAUCUACGGCGAUGCCGAUUAUAUCUGUAAUUGGUUUGGCGGGGAGGCUGUUUCGCUGGCUGCGAAGUAUCCGCAUAGUAAGCAGUUUGCAAAGGCUGGUUAUGCGCCGUUUACUGUGGGCGGUGUUGAGUAUGGUGAGACCCGGGAGUUUGGGAAUUUCUCGUUUACUAGGGUUUAUGAGGCUGGUCAUGAGGUUCCUUAUUAUCAGCCUGUUGCUGCGUUGCAAUUGUUCAACCGGACGCUGUUUGGGUGGGAGUUGCCUGAUGGGGGGAAGAAGUUGAAGGCUGGAUUUUCUAGUGAAGGGGAUGCAGAGGCUACUCAUACGCAGGCUUCGGUGGCUUUGCCUUCGGCUACUAAGGCUGUGUUGAUUUAG